AUGCGACGCAACAUCCAGCUUUUGCUUCUUGCCUUCCUCUCUGCCUCCACGCAGGCUGGUCCCGUCAGUCGUGGCGGCAAGGAACGAAGGGACCAUGCUGGCGUCACGCCGACGCCGAUAUUCUCAACCAUAGAAGACGACCCACCCUUAGCAUCCUCGGUCCCAAGCAUCUCUCCUAACAAGCCUUCGUCGGCCUCGCUGGGAGAGCCUCCGGCAUCGUCAUUCCCUGCGGAGGAGACGACACCGUCGGCCGAGCCAAGUCCCACUCCCAGUCUCCAGACGACAUCAACCAUCAUCACAAGCACUCUUGAAGCACCACCGAGCCCGAGCUCGGCUUCACCGCCCAUCGAGGCCAUCCCUGACCCAGCCUCUUCGCUUGUCCCUUCCAACUCGGAGGAGGUCCGCCUACCCUCCAUGUUUAGCACCAUCUCGGUGCCGGCGUCUCUGCUCGAUCCGAAGCCCAGUCCAACCUCAGCUCCGCCGCCUGUCGACUCUACCACAUCGACGGUCUCGUUGGCGUCGUCAGCUGUGUCUGCGCCCUCUGCAUCUUCUGCGCCGUUUGCAUCUUCUGCUGCGCCAUCCUCAUCCCCAGACAAUGGCGUGUCCACGCCUUCGCCCAUCUUGUCCACGAUCACCGACGUCGCCUCGACUGCCGCCCCCAUCCCAUCCAAGUCGUCUGCCGUUGAUUCCGCCUCCGAGUCGCUUCCGGUUGAAAUUGGGCCUUCUUCCGUGAAGCGGUCCUCUGAGACGGUGGUCUCAGAGACACCCAUUGCGUCCUCUGUCGCGCUCGGAUCGACCUCAACAGAGGCACUGUCUCAACAGUCAUCUACCGUUGCAGCCGAGCCUGGGACCUCUCUAUCGGUCAUCCCCGCCCCAGAGCCUUCCUCAACUCCCCUCAAGCCAUCAGCUUCUGCCUCAGAGGCUCCAAUUAUUGAAUCCUCCCGUGAGCCCGUUGUCGACCCUAGUUCUUCCGCAACGACCGGGUCAGUCUCGACUACGAGCGAGCCCGUCGCCGAGUCGUCUUCACUGCCUACGUCGGAAGUGGCUCAGCCGCCUGCUGAUCAGUCAUCGCCUUCGAGCACACCAGUCAAGCCCACGACGACGGCUGUCAUCACGCCUACCGGCACCCCGGACGCUUCUGUUCCCACGAACAACGGUCCACCCCCCGACUCGACGUCCACUGUCGCUCCCGAUGUCGCGAAGAGCAACCUGGAGGAAGCCAAGAAAUUCCACCGCAUGUUUGAAUCCCUAACCAGACAGUCCUCCUGCACAGUGGGUCAGGCCGCCUGUGUCGAGGGCGGCAUCGGCUUCUGCAACACCCAGGGAUCCUUUGAUAUUCGACCCUGUACAGCCCCCCUGACGAGCUGUUUUCCGCUGCCAUUGGAAAACGCUCCCGGUGUCAUGGUGGACUGUUAUGAAACCAGCAAGGCAAGAGAGAUUCUCGGACUAUCUGAUGCACCUGAGGAAACCCCUGCACCUGUCGCGUCUGCUUCCUCUCGGAGGCCCCCUGCCGCCCCCCAGGAGCCGUCUGAUGCCCCCCUGGAGCCUUCUGCCUCGCCCCCCGCAGCUAGCGACGGAAAUGUCGUCACCGAGAUCGUGACACCCACCGUCACGAAGAUCAUUGCCACGGAGACGGUCCCCAACCCCGGACAGGCCGUGACGCCGCCCGUCUCCGCAGCCCCCGAAGAAACGACAACUACCGUCAGAGGCACCGUUGUGUCGACAGUCUUUGUUACUGUCGAUCCUCCAGCGGAGCCCGCUCCCGAGACAACCCAGCUCGUUACCGUCACAGUCACGGCGUCCCGUUCGCCGCCGCCCGCAGCGUCGCCGCCGCCGCCGCCGCCGCCGGAACCCGAGACGACUGAAAAGACAACCCUGACGACCACCAUCCUCUUCACGCCGCCUCAGGAGACAAGUCCUGCUCCCACGCCAUCCGCCGAGGUCCCCGCGCCCGAGCAGCCAGUGCCUUCUUCUGCGCCUGAAGAAAGCCCCUCGCCAGAACCAACGCCGUCCUCCUCGUCCUCGUCGACUUUUACGACCCUCGACAUUAUCUUUGUGCCCACCACUUUCCUCACCACAACGAUCAUGGCCAGCGGUGUCGCCAUCAACCCGAGCCCGACGCCGAGUGCGACUCUCGAGGCUGUGACUACCGUCGCGGACGAGGCGCCGCCGCCUGUCACGGUGACGGAGACGCUCGUGCUCACUGUGACUGAGCGCGAGAGGAUCAUUGAGAGGGAGACAAUCACCGUCACGGCGACGGUCGGGGGUUCAGCCUGA